UACGAAUUCGUAGUGACGGUGGCUGGCUUCCCUGCGAACCAAGCGUCGUAAAUUACAGCUAAUUUGUAAUAAUCAUCUAAAUUUUGAUCGGAAAACGAUCAAAAUAAUAGUGACUUAAGUGCUCAACAACUUUCACUAGUAAUCGCAAUGAGUUCAAGCGUAUGCUACAAGUGCAACCGUACCGGGCACUUCGCUCGCGAGUGCACGCAGGGAGGUGGCGCUGUCCGCGACUCUGGUUUCAACCGCCAACGCGAGAAGUGCUUCAAGUGCAACCGCACUGGCCACUUUGCGCGCGACUGCAAGGAGGAAGCUGACCGGUGCUACAGAUGUAACGGCACGGGACACAUAGCGCGCGAGUGUGCGCAAAGCCCGGACGAGCCGUCUUGCUACAACUGCAACAAGACUGGGCACAUCGCGCGAAACUGCCCCGAAGGCGGGCGCGACUCUAACCAGACCUGCUACAACUGCAACAAGGCCGGCCACAUCUCACGCAACUGUCCCGACGGCACUAAGACCUGCUACGUGUGCGGGAAGCCCGGACACAUCUCGCGCGACUGCGAGGAGUCGGAGCGGAACUAACACAUACUGACCCGCACCACAACUAUCAAUAAACUAUGUAUAUUAUGAUGCCACGCAAGGACGAUAAGCAAAGGACGUGACACGCGACCCGAUCGCACACGAUGAAAUUAAUGCAACGGAAUUUUAAACAGAUGCAGCAACGGUAUUCUUGUGACUGAAGAGUAUGAUUUUAAAAUGUUGACUUGUAUAUAGGUCUACCGCCCGCAGGCGGCGGCGCUCGCAGAGAUAGGUUAAUGUUUGUUCUCACAAGUGAACGAGUUAUUGUGUUUUUAAAUCAUUUAAUAAUCGUGAUUGAACUAUUGAGGAAGUAGCGUUACAGUUUUUAGCAUUACAGAGUAUAUAUUUAAUAUAUUUUGUACAGAUUUUUUUGUCAAAAGAUAAAUUGGAUGCUGGCGUAUGUACUUGAGUUUUCACUGAGAAGAAGAGGCCCCGGCC